AUGGCCACGAUCAACACGGCUACAAACUUCCGUGAUAUCGACCUGCUCUGUGUAUAUGAUAACAUCCAGAUGGGUGCCCUCCGGUUCUCUGAGACGAGACCAACCCGGAUCUUGUCCAUCGUGGGCGAUUCAGCUGCCAUCAUAGCUACAUUUAUUACAGAUGGUGUCCUCCUUGUUCGCUGUUUCAUGGUAUGGUACAACAAGCGCUGGGUGAUGGUUUUACCCUGCCUGAUGUAUUCCGCCUCCACAGCGUUUUCCAUAAUUGGUGUGGUCAUUAUCGCACAACCUGAGGAGAGCAUAUGGAAAGCUUCCGUGAGGAAGUUUAAUUUACCAUACUGGACCGUCUCUGUGGGCCUCAAUGUCCUACUGACUUCUAUGUUGGUGUUCCGCCUGCUAUGGAUGCGUUAUGAGAUAAUGGCGACGCUCGGCCAUGAGCAUGGACGGGUCUACCUUACUGCUGUAUCCAUGCUGGUGGAAUCCGCACUUCCAUACACGCUCUUGUCCGUUCUCUACGUCAUACUGUACGGUCUCAACAGCCCCAUGGAAGCGCUCUUUCUCAUGCCUAUGGUGCAAUUCUCCUGUAUAGCUCCUGAGCUCAUAUUGAUUCAUGUCGCUCGGGGACGUGCAUGGUCCAAACAGACGUACCUGAAAGGGACUAUAUCCUCUGUUCGCUUCGGUGCCACAACUGGAAAUGUGGAAGGCCCGGAUGUGUCAGUGUGCAUGCACCAGAGCUCGACGACGACUCUAAGAGAUCAGGCACUAAAGUUCAAGUCUUCUACUCCCGACGUCGGUCGACGAGAACUGUAA